AUUAUCGUGUUCCUGUCAGUGGAGCCCGGAACUGCUUUUAUUUCGGACUCCUUUGGUGUUUGUGCAGACAGGCAGCAACGCAGCAACCCGGGUGGAAUAAGACCUUAUCACCACUUUCGUUAAACCAGGUAGCAGGCUGAGUUUCAGUCAUGGAGCGCAUCAUGGGAGGAGGUGUGUUCCAGAUGGUUUUAGCUAGUGCCGGACUCUUGCUGCUCUAUCGGAUCCUCGUGCGCCUCAGACCUGGCACUGCUCUGCAGGACGCUGUGGUGGUCAUCACCGGGGGCAGCUCUGGACUGGGGAAAGAGUGUGCCCGGGUGUUUCACGCAGCAGGUGCCCGUCUGGUGCUGUGCGGACGAGAUGCAGGCCGCCUGCAGCAGGUGAUCCAGGAGCUCACCGACAGUUCAACAGGUUCAGAGCGUCAGACCUACACCCCCUGCAGUGUGACCUUUGACCUGGCUGACACGGACACAGUGGACAGAGCUGCAGAGGAGAUCCUGAAAUGUUACGGACACGUGGACGUCCUCAUCAAUAAUGCUGGAAUCAGUUACCGCGGCAACAUACUGGAUACUAAUCUCUCUGUUCAGCGGGAUGUGAUGGAAACAAACUACUUUGGGCCCAUCGCUCUAACUCAAGCGCUCCUGCCCUCCAUGGUUCAGAGGCGCAGCGGCCACAUCGUCGUCAUCAGCAGCGUCCAGGGCAAGAUGGCCAUUCCUUACAGAUCCGCAUACGCGGCCUCUAAGCACGCCACCCAGGCUUACUUCGACUGCCUACGGGCCGAGAUCGAGCGCUACGGGAUCCCAGUGACGGUGAUCAGUCCCGGGUACAUCCGGACCAGCCUGUCCCUCAACGCCGUCACAGGAGACGGAUCCAAGUAUGGAGUUUUGGAUAAAACCACAGCGUCGGGUCGGGACCCCCUGGAUGUGGCCCGGGCGGUUCUGAGAGCGGUCCGUCAGAGGAGCAAAGACGUUGUUCUGGCCGGUCCUCUGCCAAGUCUGGCCCUCUACCUCCGCACUCUGUGGCCCGCACUCUUCUUCAAACUCAUGUCCUCUCGCGCUCGCAAGGAACAGAAACCUAAAGACGAGUGAUGGAGGAGAGGAAGUGGAGCGCUCACCACCUAAAGGGAGUGAUGGAGGAGAGGAAGUGGAGCGCUCACCACCUAAAGGGAGUGAUGGAGGAGAGGAAGUGGAGCGCUCACCACACGUGUUGGAGGCACAUGGACAAAAACAUGAAUGACUGCUUUACAUGAAGGUGUGAAUACAUGCAGCUCUCUGUGACACAAACAAAACAGAAGAAGCUUGUAUGUUGAAUCGGCAACUAUGGGAGUGUUUUUGUAUUGUUUGGACUUCCAUAUAUUGUAACAACUAAACUCCGACUUAAUGAAGUCGCUAAGAGGCUAGGCUUGUUGCUGUGACAGUGCGUGCUGAGUUAAUGUUUUAUUAAAGAAAGUUUAACAAACGAUAGCAACAGAAAACCCCAGCAUACAGCGGGUGAACUAAAUACCAUUAAACCACACCCAGGGGACAAUUUCAGGAAGUGAUAACCAAUUACAAAUAUGUGCUCUGUCAACAAUCAAUGACAAUAAAAGCUGCUAAAUCAC